AUGGCUUCGAACAAUGACAUACAACAAGUCGAUUUAUCGAAACAGACAUCAAAGGAUUCUGCCAAAGACAAUAGCAAUGCUGAAAGCCAAAGCCGUCGAUCGCCUACACUGGGCACUACCACCGUAUCCCCCGAGCACAAGACCGAGGAUCAAUCUACAACAAAUCACGGCGCCAGUAAGAUAGCGCAAAGCACCACCAAAGACGCAGAGCAGAUAUCAUUGAGAAAUGCAUCGAAUGUCGAAAGUGUUCAAGCUACCGACCACGCUGAUCCUACCGCUGCUGGCCAUCAAACACUCAAGGAAUCCGGUGACACACGACAACACCCUGAAGUGCCAGAGAAAGGCAAAAAUGCAGACUUGAAUCAAGAUGCAGCACCAGAGAGCAAUACAACAGCUAUCGCAGACACAGUGUCUGAGACUGAAUGGUCGCAGACUGGCGGCGGAACGGAAUCGCUGUUGGUGUCUCCGCUGACCCAUCCAAAUGGCAUGAACAUGUUUCCGUCACUCUCUGCAACAGAGCAAGAGCAGAUGUCGUGGGAGGCUUUUACACAGGCGGAGGAGUCGAUUGUUGCUGAAGAUGCAUCAGAGGGCUUCCGGGACGAUGCGUCUGACGGAGGGUACGCAAGCGAAGGGUUCAGCUCUGGCAGUACUUCUGCAGAAUCAUCGGUUCGGGACUACAUGUUUGAAAAUGGUCGCCGUUACCAUCGCUUCCGUGAAGGAGCCUACAACUUCCCCAAUGAUGACGUGGAGCAAGAAAGAGAGGACAUGAAACAUGCGAUGGUGAAGCUUCUCUGCGGUCAGAAACUGUUCUUUGCGCCUAUUGGCGACAAUCCGCAGCAGAUUCUAGACAUUGGCACCGGAACAGGCAUCUGGGUCAUCGAAAUGGGCGAUCAAUUUCCAAGCGCCAGUGUUCUCGGAAUAGAUCUUUCCCCAAUCCAGCCUGAUUGGCUACCGCCUAACGUUAGAUUCAUCGUUGACGAUGCCGAGUCUCCCUGGCUACACCCCCGCAAUCACUUCGACUACAUUCACUCCAGACACACCGUCAUGGCCUUGAAAGACUGGAUGCGUCUCUUCAGGCGGGCAUUAGAGCAUCUAAAACCCGGCGGCUGGAUAGAACUGCAAGAGAUUCACCAUUCGCCUCGAAGUGCCAACCCUGAUGCAGACUUACCGGAAACCCACCCGGUUGCUGAGUUCUGGUCUCACGUUAGUGCAGGAUUGGGAAAACUAGGCGUAGACCUCAAUAUUUCCUCGGGCGGCCAGUUGACCAAGAUGCUGCAAGAAGCCGGCUACGUAAAUGUUACGGAGCGCGUCUUCCAUGUACCAGUUGGAACCUGGCCAAAGAACAAAGUCCUCAAAACUGUGGGACUAUAUUGGCGCACAAUUCUUCUAGAUGGCUUGCAGGCGAUCGCGCUUGGGCCAAUGGUACGGGGAUUGAACUGGAAUCGCGAAGAGGUGGAAGUUUUUCUCACUGGCGUUCGGACAGCAUAUCAUGACAAUGCCGCGCUCAUGUACAUGCCUCUUCACAUCAUAUACGCGCAAAAACCGGAGAAUAUGGGGUAA